AAAUUUGAAAUAUUUUUCUUUGUUGGCUACAUGUUGUAUUACUAAUAUCGUGUUUUUAUAUUUGUUUACAGUUUUCCUUGACUGCAAUGUGUAUAUUUUCAUACAUUACUUUUAAAAUAAUUUGUUCUUAAAUUUGUAGAAAUAAGUAAAACAUGUCUAACUUCACACCUGGAUCUGCUGCAAUUCCUACAACAGAAGUAGAAUUGUCAUUAUCUUGUAGAUCACUCAUGUGUAAAGAUAUCUUAUCCAAGUCGGAUCCACUGUGCAUCACUUACAUCCGGCCAUUUGGAGAGGACCGCUGGGUGGAAUACCAUCGCACGGAAGUGAUCAACGAAUGCCACGACCCUGUGUUUGUGUCGAAGCCGGUUAUGUCGUACUGCUUCGAGGAGCAGCAAUACCUGAGGUUCGAAGUGUACGAUACAGACUCGACGAGCUCGGACCUGCGAGACCAUGACUUCUUGGGUGCCGCAGUGUGCACAUUAGCACAGAUCAUAUCCAGCGGGAAGGUGGAGCUGCCUCUCUCCCAGUCUGGGGUGAAGGCGGCAGGAGACACGGGGUUUGGCCACCUCGUGGUCGUGGCAGAGGAACUCGACUCCGCGAAGGAUGAGGUCGUGCUUCAGUUCAGCGGCCACGGGCUUGACAAGAAGAACUGGUGGUGCUUCGGCCAGUCGGACCCCUUUCUUGCUAUCUACAAGGUCAUGGAGUCGGGGGCAUACACCCUCGUGCACCGGACGGAGGUGAUAGAAGGGACGCUGAAUCCAAAGUGGAAGAAGUUCAUAAUUCCAGUGAGGCGGCUGUGUAAUGGAGACUACGACCGCAGCAUGAGGAUAGCCUGCUGCGACUGGAACAACGAUGGAGAGGAGAAGCUGAUUGGAGAAUUGUACACAACUCUGCGGGAGCUCUCAGCUGGGCCGGGUGUUUCCACUGUGUACCCAUGCAUCAACCCCAAGAAGAAGUCGAAGCUGUCAUACUCAAACUCGGGACAGAUUCGCCUGGACUACUAUGAGGUGCGGAAGAUACAUUCCUUCAUGGAUUAUUUGAAGGGUGGCACCCAGAUCCACUGCUCCUUCGCCGUAGACUUUACAGCAUCCAAUGGGGACCCUGCUUCCCCUGAUUCGUUACACUACGUGAGCCAGGUACCCAACAUGUACGAGCUGGCUAUCCAGGCGGUCGGUUCAAUCAUUCAGGACUACGACAGUGACAAAAUGUUUCCUGUUCUGGGAUUCGGGGCAAAAAUUCCUCCCACUGGACAUGUCUCACAUGAGUUCUUUGUGAACCUGCGUGAGGAUAGCCCGUACUGCCACACAGUCUCGGGAGUGCUGGAGGCGUACCACAACUGUGUGCGACAGGUUCAGUUGUACGGCCCCACAAACUUUGCCCCAGUCAUCAACCAUGUCGCCAGGUUUGCCAGCACGUUCAAGAAUGGCUCCGCCUACUUUAUCUUGCUCAUCCUAACAGAUGGUGUCAUCACGGAUAUGCCUCAGACCACCCACGCGCUGGUGGAGGCAUCGGUGCUGCCCAUGUCGGUGAUCAUCGUGGGCAUCGGCAGUGCCGACUUCUCGGCCAUGGAGGUGCUGGAUGCGGACUCGGUGCCCCUGCAGUCGGGCGGGCGGCGGGCGGCUCGCGACAUAGUGCAGUUUGUCCCCUUCAGCAAGUUCGUGGGAGCCGGAGGGGGAGACCCACGCACAGCUAGGCUCAGGCUGGCCAAGGAGGUGCUGGCAGAGGUCCCGCGGCAGUUUGUGGCCUACAUGAAGGCCAACAGCAUUUCGCCCGGGCCUCCGAGCCAGGACGUCACGCUGCUGCCUCCUGACCCGGAGGUCCUGGGCACUGCGCUCCAGUAACAGAUGCUGUUUGUCCGCUGGAACUAAGAUCUUGUUUAACUUUUUAAUGUCUGCAGAAACAUGUUCAUGCACUUGUUCAAUAUUUAAGCUGGGUAAUAUCGCUAUGCAAACUAUAGAAAUAUUUGUAUAAAUUAGAAAAAUUCAUAUGUGCAUAUAUUAGAAGAUCCCUUAUACAAUUGAAAAAUUGAUUUUUUAAAAUUAUUUUUAAAUUUAAAUUAAUGAAUGUGUUUAAUUAGUGUCAAGUGAUUCAUUUGCCAUUAGAGUAUUCUUUUAUUAAAUAAAUCAUUCGAGAUACCUGUAUAUUUGGACUUAUCAUCAAUUUUUUUUUAUAUACGGUAUUUUGUCAGUGUGCACAAAGUUCUUGUGUAUCAAUCAAGACUUUACAUAUACUGAAUGUAAAGUUUUAACUUUUUUACUUUAAUAAAAAAAAUUAUAACUUUACACAUUACAAUUCUUGCUCCAGUCAUAAUGAAAUAUUUCAGUUGAAACUUGAACUGUCCAUUAAAUUUACAGUGGAAACUUUAAAACAGUUGUGUGGAAGUGCCGAUCAAAGUAUUUAGUGUGUUCAUUUUAGUGGCUUCAGCUGCAGCUAGCACCUUGAAAGCGCUGGUAUUUAUAGUACCUAUACUACUGUGUUAAUAAAAUAAGUGAACUUAGACGGUGACUCAAGUGUGGAUGAUCCCAAGGCUGGCUCUGUGAUGGAUCUUUGAUGCAGACAAAAUGGAAGACAAAAAGGUUGAUGUGUAGAUGCACAGCAUGUAAUUUUCAAAUCAGUUGACAGUGCUGUCAUUAUUUAUGUUUUAACUUUUAGUUUUUUAUAGAAACACUUUUUUUAAUUUUAUACCAGAAAGUGUUAUAUCUUUUUUUGCGGAUAAAGCCAAAUCCACUUCAAUGAUUAAUUAGUUAUCCUUACACAGCACUCGUGCUAAAAUUCUGAAUACUUGGUAUAGAAGUACAGUGUUGCCUUUGAAAACGACUAGUUUAGAGGGUAACACAACUGUUUUGGGACCUGUGCCAUUAAGUACACCAAUCCCUCACUUAGCACGACUAAUUCGUUCCUAAAAAUGUUCGUGUUAAUCGAAAUCGCGUAUUCUGAAGCAUUAGUCCCCAUAAAUAUAAGGCUAAAUUAUUUAAUGUGUUCCAAGAUGUGUAGGGAAGUAAUCUUUACAUAAUAUAAAUACGUAGAAUAAUACUUGAAAAUGCAUAUGUCAUAUCAUUUAUCUUUUUAAGCCUACCACAGAAUACGUUAGAUAAAGAAAACAUGGCACAGUGUAACGGGAGAUAAGUGGUAACAUAUUUACCAUCAGUCAGCAGGUUGGCUUGCCCGCCCAGGCGUGACCUUCAACACGCGCGCGCGUCUGUCUGCCUGCUGUUGCAAGCAGCUGGAUCCUUUGUUAUUACGUUUAAAACUUAACAAAAUUAAAACACUUUUAUGAAAUUAAGAACCGGUUUUAUAUAACUUUAAAACACACAGCCAUAUGUAAACAUUUAAUUUGUUAUGCACACCUCUUAUAAAAGCGGCUAUGUAAACAAAUCAGUUAACAGAUAAACAGAUUUAGAUUUUCCCUAGAGCACAAACAUAACAUUAAAAUACGGGUACACUCCCUAUUUAACGCGGUUGUCGGGGGACAUAACUUUUACCCGCAUUGUUGCAUAACCGCGAUGUUUCGAUGUGACCAAGGUCAAAAGGCAUAAAACACCGCCUGUGUUCUAAUAGGUCGGCAAGCACGCACAGUAUAGACGGCCCGCCUUUGUGCGGACUUUGCAUCCGCAGUUUCCACUAAACACGGGUGGAAAAAAAAAAAUAAUAAAUUUUAAAGAUAAAUAUUAAAUGUUGAAUUGUUUUUAUUUUUCCGCGUGCCGCGCACAGUUUGGUGCACGGCCUACGAGCGCGCCACACGCCGCCAUACACAUGUGCGGCACACAAGCUGCUGCUGCCAGUCUCGUGGUGUUAGCCACAGUAUCUGCUUCGUCAGUGUCCGUAAAAAAGUAAGUGCAGUGUGUGCGGUUACACACGAUUCUGUGGUCAAAGUCUUCUAAAAAGAAAGGCCGUAGUGAUACUUCAAACCGAAUAUGAAUCGCAAAGUACCGAGUUUGAUUGACAAAAUAAAAAUUCUAGAUUUACUUACAGAUAGCUUGUCUUUUGUAGAAGCAGGCCGCAGAUACAGGAAAAAAACGAUUCUAGCAUUCGUACAAUAAAAAAUAAAGAAUCGUCUAUCGUGUCAAGUGGUUAAACUUUAUUAUCCAUGCUUACAGUAAAUUAUAAAUGGUCACAUGUGGGAAACAAAAAUUGCGCCAAUUUAAUUUUAGCGCAAUCAGUGACGCCGUAUUAAAAACCGUGUUAAACUUUGUCUUUACUUAUUUCACCAAACGCUGUGUGUCGAGUUGCUGAGAGUGUGUGGCUCGGAUCGGCAAGUGUUAUAUUCCCCAGCCUCUGUUUAAAGGUCGGGAGACCGCUACACAUAAACAUUUCCGGGACUUGUUUACUACCUCACGGCAAAAGUGGUACAGUAUGGUUCACGUAAAUAUUGGACCACUGGGAAUUCCUGGGCAAAGAUUAAAAAUACGCUAGCCGAUUUACUUUACUAUUUAAUGUUAAAACAUUAUACCAAAGUAAAAAGAUGAACUUGUAUAAUACAAUGAAUUACCCAAUAAUAUUACGUCUGUAGGUUUAAGUUGUAACAAAACAUUUAUAUACAGAUGUCCAGUAAAGUACCAAUUAAGAUUCUGGAGUGGAAUUUUAAACACCGGACUACCUGAUUUUGCCUUGUACGCAGGAACGCUGCUUAGUCAAGUGACUCAUGCUCUGCCUGUGUGCUGCGUGAACACAUUCCCUCCCCCACUCCCCCUCGCCGUGUUUCUGCCCGCUCUAAUCUCUACCUCUCUCCAUAUUCUCGGCUCGCCUCUCCCUAUCCAGCGCUUGCCGACAACCAAGCCUAUCCAACAUCAAUCCCCAGCCGAGUCAUGCUGGAUAAUGUCGCUGGAUGGUGGGCUUUAUCAGGUCCCCUGUCCGAUGCUUCAUUUGUGAGGUAAAGCGACGUUAAGAACUAGUGUUUCAGAAAAUAUCACUGGGCUGGAUUGGACCAUAAUUUGAAAACCCUACAAGAUAGAGGAAUAAUGUACGGAGAUAUCUUGUUUAGAAUUUUACUGCGGACAUUUUCUACGCCUAGGCUUUUUUCUGCCCGAUGCUUAGUUUGUUAGUUACAACGCAAAAUUAUCCUAAUCGGCUGUCAACCAUUUAUUCCAUUAUUAUUAUUCAUUUCUGACUGGGGGACAUGGUUUGACCCGCGAUAUACCCGAUUCUGCGAUCAAAUUUGGGCGCGAUAUACCGGGAGUUUACUGUAUGUACAAUAUGUACAUAUACAAAACAUAAAAGUUAGUUAAAUAUUUUCUGGGGUGAAAUUAACACUAUCAUCUUGCUUUUUUUAAAAAAACGUGUCCAAUUUCAUCUGCUUUGGUUUCUGUACGGUACGGCCUGGUCUGCAGCCGGGCAUCAACGGUACGGCCUGGUCUGCGGCCGGGCAUCAACAGUACGGCCCGGUGUUUGUUUAUCUGCGUGCGCAUCUCUUUCCCCUCGCAUUCCAAACCACUCUUCCCCCCUCGAAUUCCAUACCUGACGUCGCGUCGUUUCCGAGAUUUUUUUUAGCCUGUGGCGAUUUCGUGCUAACUGAAAUUUACAGACGUGCUAUUCGAGACUAGGGCAGUAAAAUUUACAUCGUGCUAACUGAAUUCGCAUUAAGUGAAGACGUGCUAUGCGAGGGAUUGGUGUAUUUAUACAGUAUCAUCUUGUAUAUAAUAAAUUUUACACUUCACUCUUGUAAUGCAGACUUAUUUUUUUAAUUUUAACUUCGAGAAAAUUGAAAAACUUCCAAAAUUCUGAAAAUCUUAUUAAGUGUGGAAAAUAUUAAAGGCCAUAUUUAAUGCAGUUUUUGGGGCCAAAAUAACACUUGCUGUAUCGCCGGACUGCAUUUUUACGGAUUAGAGAACCACUCAAGAAUAGUUAAAAAAAAAUUAGUUCAGAACUGUCAAAACAUCAAUAAGGCUUAAUAUGUGGCACGAAUAUGUUCAUCACAGUACAUACCUGUAUGUCCAACUAUAGACAAGAGGUAAAGAGAAAAAUUUACAUUAUUAAUAUUGGGAACCCAUUCUAGUAUGGGCACCAUUGUUUGCCACUGUUAUAACCUUAAGAAAAAUCUCUUAAGCCCAUUGCUGUACUUUUAUUUUCAUUAACCAAACAGUUUGGAAAAAAAUAAAUGAACAAGUUGUGCUUGAUAAACUCAGAGCCAAGGGUCGAACAAGGUAUGGUUUAAAGUUAAACUGAACAUGAAGCAAGUGUCGACAAUGAAUCUUGUGCCAUAAUAUUACGUUCAUGAGAAAUUGCUGUAAUGAAAAAUCUUACUUACCUUCUGUUUCAAGAAUUAAACAAUUAUUAGGAAAAAUUUAUUGUACUUAACUUUUCAAGCAUGUCGUGAACUAGCCAUUUAUGAGAGAUUAAUCUACCUGCAUCAAAAUAAUAAUCUAAACCAAAAAAAACUUCAAAAAAUAUAUGCAUUCCUCAAGAAUAGCUAGUGUUUUAAUUUGGACAGAAUUUAAGCAGGUGAAGCCAAAAUAGCAAUUUAGAAAACAUGUCAACAGAAAAUAAAUCACCAAAGGAAACACAUGUCCUACAAAUGUGAACAUUACAUACUUUUCGCCAGUUCAAGCUCAAACAUAGCUGAGCAAGUUAAUAUAACUGUACUGUCUCUCACUCUGUGCAAGCUUGGCCUAGCACAUGUUGCAUUUUCAAGGAGGGAGAAAUACACAAAGCAAGACUCUAAAAUGUCAGGAAGAGAGGGCAAGAAUGAGGAAAAUGGACAAUCUCUGAGGUUGACUAGACCAAUGAUGAUGAUGUUUAUUACUUAUGUGUAGAGGAAGAGUCCCAUGGCUGAAUGUGCUUGUUAAACAGUGCUGAUGUGAUAGGCAUGCAGACUAUGUAAGCAGUACACGCUCAGUGAUUAGUUUUAUUCCAAAUGAACCGUACAUGUACAUAUGUGGUGGAAAACAUUUGGCCGCAUUAACGUACAGCUUUAGAACUUAUGAAUCCUGACUUGCUAGUAUAUGUUUUUGUGACUGUGACCAACCGGAUGGAUACCAACCUGACAAAUAAAAAGGUUGUUUCACAGUGCAAGGGGGCAAAAGAUACUGGCACCUUUCACAUAAGCGCACAUGCAUUGGAGAGAGAAAUAAAGGAAUGUUCUAAGCUUUUACUAUCUUGUAUUUUCCUACAUCUAAGUUAAUUCCAGUAAUAAAACCCAUAAAUCUUAUAUACCACAAUUGAGUACACUUAAGUGUAUUUUUUUAAAAUUAUAUUACUUACAAGAAAGUUUAAAAUUUCUAUGGCCCAGCUAUAGAAACAGAUAGAAGUAAAUAGCAGCCAGCUGAAGUGUAAGGUUCUACCAAGUUCCUUUAACAGUUUUAAGUUUUUUUUUGUUGAUUUAAGAAAGAUUCUUUGUACCAAAUUUCAAGACUGUUAUGUAUAUUGAUUGGGUACUCUAUACACUAUGCAUAUAUAUUUUACAGAGCAAAAGUAAAAUUCCUAACAUGGUUCAUAAACUGCAAAAAAAGCCUGUAUUGAAGAAUUUAUAAAAGAUGCUUAUAGCAUUAUAGCUAGAGACCUGGAAAAAGGGAGGUAUUUUUUUCUUAAAAGUGGUGUUAUUUUCCACAAAAUUCGCAACAGAAAGUGAGGUCAUUUUAUUUUUAUGUGCAAUUUUGACUGCAUUUAAUUUAAAAAAGAAACUAAACCAUAACCUAAUGCUUAAUAAUUUCACAGAAAUUCUACAUUUAAAACUAAUGGUGCAUAAAAAUUAAAAAUGUAAUAAGUGUUUAAUUUAGUCAUAAAAAGACAGCAUAGUGAACAUUUUAACUACAAAUAGCGUGCAGGACUGCUAGUGCAAACUGAUUGUAAUUUAUACUCAGAGAAGUUGGCACUUUCAACAUAUCUAUGUGUUUUUUGUCUUGCAAAUCUCUUGCGCAUUUACUUUAAGGGCUUUAAAACCCUUGAAAAGUUUGUUAAUCUCUAAAUGAUGGAGUUCGGGAAUAGUUUUCAUUAGUGACAUAACAUCUUCUGAUUUAAGGUGUUCUUUGGGUUGAAACACUUAAAGUCCUGAAUACUGGUGCAGAAGGGUCAUUGUUCAACAUCAAUACCACUAAAGUAUUUUUGCCUGGCAUUCACAUAUCUUUUCACUUUGUACAUGCUUUUGCACUAAAAUCUUUUAUUUAAAACGUAACUUGGCAGUUGCAGUACUUACACAUUAGUGUAACUGCAUUGGAUUAUUUGAACACCGGAACUUUUAAACUCAUCAGUUCGUUGUCUUGUACUAACCACAUUUUUUUUUUUGCAUUUUUUACGUGAAGCAAUUAACAUUUAAAACUGGAAAUAUUGACAGGUAAUGGUGUGAUAAACCAAGCUCAUAUAAAAACCACUAUAAGCCACAAGCAGGCAGUUAUAAAAAAAAAGUUUUGUUGCUGCAGCAUAAGAUGUUUGGAAAGCAAAUGUAUAAACAGUAGUAAAGUUUGGGGGGGACGGGGGAUAGACUCUUUUUGCAACUGUAGUCACUUAUUUUUAAGCAGUCUCAAUUGGAUAACUUGCUAAAGGUUUCCUACAUUGUUCUUAAUUCGUGCUGGUAUGUUAUGUAGGAUGUGCUGGUAAAACACCUCUAGCACUCAAAGCUGUAUGGAUAAUGUGGCAACAUUUAAGUGAUUGUCUUUGACAUUAAUUAUAUAUAUAUAUUUUUUUUUUUUAUUUUUUUAUUUGUUUUUCCACACAACUCUUUUCACAAAAGCUGGCUGAUGUUAAUUAUUUGGGCAUAGAACCAUGCUCAUUUUGACUUAUGUUAGAAGUUACAUUAAUUUUAUAUGUAGGCUUGUUACUUAGAUAUGGGACAAUUAUGUUUAAUGUAACAUAUUGUCGAAAUGACAUGACACAAAUGAUGAAACUUUGUGUCUACUUUUUUGUAUUGAAUGGGAAAAUAUUUGUUUGGUUAUUUCGGUACUGCAUACUAUGAAUUUCAAUUUUUUGCUGGGUUUCAGUAGUGGGUAUAUGUUCCUGCUCAGUAUUAGUUAAAUUUUUAUUGCCAUCAAAUCUGUUGAUUUUUAAGGUUCUUUUCACCAACUAUAUGUUACCUCAUUUUCAAGCCAUUAAUUUUUUUAUUUAGGUCAAUUUGUUCAAAUGUUUAAUUAUAUAAAUGUAGCAUUAUCUGCCAUUAGUAAAAAGUCAAACAAAUAUUUAAUAUUCUAAUUUUUAUUCACAUAUUUGCAUCAUGGUCACUCUUAAGAAGUUAUUUUCUGAAUUUCCAUAACUUAACACAUAUCUACUAAAUUUCUUCUAUAAUCUAACUGUCAGUAAAUUUCUGUAUGGAAAUCUGCAAUGAGCAAAAAACCAAAAAUUAAAAUGGAGGGAAGAGUUAAUUCGAACCUUGAGUUAUGUUCAGUGGUAAAGUGACUCAUUUGAUAUUUCCUAAAAAUAAUUUUUACAUUAGGUGUGAAUGAACCUUUACAGGGAACUGUGCUAAAAGCUGCAUGAAAUGGUUAAUGUAUGCGUAACAUUUCCAUGAUAAAUAUGCUAGUUAGGUUAUGCAAUUGCCACAUUAUGUUAGGGAAUUUUGGCCUUAUGGCUAAGGAUUUUAAGUCCUGUGUGAUAUUUAUGACAAUAUAUGUGUUUAGUUUUUUUUUUUAAGAGCUUACAUUUAAACUUAAUUAUUAAAAAGGUGAAUAGAUAAUUAGUUAAAGAUUUUGUAUUUUGUAGUGGUUUUUAGUUAAUUGUUACUUUUUUAAAAAACUUAUGUCAGUUUGGUGGUGCUACAAAUUUUGAUGUCUGUAUUACAUAGCUUUGAUUACCUUGUAAUAUUGUGAAGUUUGACAAAAGGAUGUUUCAUGCACAAAUAUUUUUAUCUGUAAAUGUGGGAAGGUAGUUUAUUUUUAUAAUAAUCUUAGAAUUGUCUUUUUAAGAUAAAAUUUGACAAGAUUACAAAAAUAAAUUAAAAAAUAAUUUGAGUUGAGAAUCUGUGGAAAAUUUGCUAUUUGUUGACUUCAGAACAAAGUUUGAUGUACAUUCAAAACAAUUUCUGAAAUUUUUGGUAUUUUGGUAUUUUGGUUUGAUGACUUUUAUCUUAUGAAUUCUUUGUAUAUGCUUAUAGUGCAUACAUUUUAGUUAGUUUUAUAUUACAUAACCAUGUGCACUUGGAAAAUUCCACGUUGAUAGUUUUGUAUUUUAUUUUUAUUGCAGCUUUAAUCUCACACAUGGAACUCUAAAAAUUUUCAUUCUCACAAAUGAAUUUGCUAGUUUAGGAUUCUUUGCCCUCUUUCAUGAAUUUUUGUGCUUUGUGAGUUAUUUAUGAGGCAACUUUCUCAUAUUCAGUAGGAUGUAUGCAAGUAGAGACCAGUGUUUUAUUAAUACCAAUUGAAGUUUGAAUUGAAGUGAAGGAACUCUAUCUGCACACGUAACCAUUGUUCCUGCAGGAAUGGCUAAAGUCUGAUGUGCAAUGGGAACACUGCAGCUGUUUCUUGAACCCUGUGUGUGAAGCUAAAGUGUAGGCUAUUGGUAUGUAUGCUUAUUUUGGUAUAUCUGAUGUAGCAUAAUAAUAUAUUUAAAAAGAGAAAGGUUAAAAUAGUCCAAUUAAAUAGGUAUUUGAAUAAAAAUUUUGGAGAAAAUACAGGAAUUUUUUAUAUACUACAUGACUUUAUUAGAAAAUAAUAAAUUUAAAAAAUUCAGCCCCCUGGGAAGAGAUAAGAAUAAAAGUAUUUUCUUAAGAUUAUUCAAAAAGGAUAAAAGAAGAAAAAGUUCAGAAUAAAAAUUACAAGGCAUAAAAUUUUACAUAAAAAUGAUAUUUAGGCUUUUUUUGCUAUUAAAAUUAACGGCAGUAAUGGUGUUUAGAAGUUGAGGGCCUGAAAAGUUAUUGAAAUUAAUUUUUUUUUAAAUUUACUCAAAAAAACAUUAACUUUCUUUUUAGUGAAUUUUUUUUUUUCAAUUAAUAAAAAAGUUAUAACUAAAAAAAUUUAAUUUAAACAAAUUUGGAAGGUGAAAUCAUUUUUUUUAUAAAUAGCGUUCUGUUCAUUUUAUGUAGUGAAUAUUUGCUUUUUAAAUUUUUUUCCCUUUCAAUUUCAGGCAGGUAUAAAUUUAUUUACCUGUUUAAUUUUUUUCUAUGACUGCAACAUUGGUCUUUUGAUGUCAUGAUGAUUAAAAAGAAUGGAGAAUAACGGCAAAUAUAUGUUUCCUUUAGUACUGUGUUGCCUUGACAAUGUGCAUGUGUCAAAUCUAUAACCUAUUGAAGUUCAGCUAAAACAUAUAUAUACAUGGUUUGUUUAUUUUUUAUGUUAUAUGGAGCCUUUGCAGAGAGUUUGGUUUUCACGAUAUUUUAUGUUCUUAAUUAUUCAAAGACCAAUUAUCUUUCAGUUAUUAAUACCUCAAAAUGUGUGUAGUGGGUGAGGGCAUUUACCUUGAGUGCGGGAUAACAGAAAGCUUGAGGACCUUUGGAACAGCCCUGGAACAUCAUUAAGGUGAUGGGUCUUGGAAGACAUUUCAAGAACUGUAAUUUUUGUAAAUAACUGUACUUUGUUAAGUAGUACUUAUGUCAUGACCAAUAAGCAUUCAGUUAUCCUGUGCAUAGUGUAAUCUAAAGCAUUUAUUGGAUUCAGCUUGAUGUGUUCUUUCAGUCCCAGUUGAAAUCAUAAUUUUUAUAGAUGUGAGCUUCGUGAAUAUUAAAGUUACAUGUGUAGGUGUGUGUGUUUGUGUAUGUAUGUGUGUGUGUGUAUAUAGUUUAAAAAACUAGUUUUUUUUCUAACUAGGUAAUAAUUGGCAAAGUGUAGGAUGAAUGUAUUUCCAAGCAUACAUUUCAAAUAUUUUUAUGAUGAAUAGCUUUAUUUCCAUAUACUUUGUGACUGAUAGUCCUUAGUGUAAGAAAGUACAAUAGUAUAUGAAAGAGAAACAAUAGUAUUUUGAUUUUUUAGUGGUCCUGUUUCAAAUGUAAGUGAAGAAACUUUGUAUUGUAGGUAACCUGUAGGAAAUAAUUGGUAACAUGUUUGUUUGAGUGAUGUAUGUAGUUUGAGCUGUUUGAACCAGUAGUGUUCUCUGUGUAGCUACUGUUGUGCCAUGUUUGCCAGCAGCUGUGCAUGUUUGGUGCACCAGUGCGUGGUGCAGCCAUCCAUGCCUGUCGGGGCCAGCCAUGAGUCUAGUUGUGCGUCUCUGGGCUUCCUCUCUGCCUUGUUGUACGCUUUGUGCCGUGGAUAAUCAGAUUUAUAUUUUCAUUAUGAAUAAAGUUGUACUGAGUUGAA